AUGAUCCGCCUCGAGACUCAGUUUUUUAAUCUCAAUAGAAUUCUUCUGCUCGCUAUUGGCCUAUGGCCUUAUAAACAAUCGAACCUCACUCGACUUCAAUUCAUUUUCUUAUCUACUAUUUUAACAACAAGUCUUAUAUUUCAGGUGAAAGAUUUACUGGAGCAGCUACAGCAUAUCUAUAAUGAGUUAAAGGACAAAAAUGAAUUAGCUAUCAUAAAUGCAUAUGGAUGCCAGGCCAAACGUUGUACCGCUGCACUUACGAUAUGUGCUAUUUGUGCCAUAUUUACUAUUAUCGUCGUUCAGUUUUGGUCGAAAAUUCUCAAUAUUAUAUUACCAAUGAAUGUAUCUCGAUUGUAUAAUUUACCGAUUACAAUAGAAUACUUUGUCGAUCAAGAAAGAUAUUCCUAUUGGAUUCUAUUACACACUAAUAUGUCCAUUUGCAUCGGUGCAACUGCAGCUGUGGGAAUUGGAACAACGCUUAUUGCGUAUUUUCAAUAUAUCUGUGGUAUGUUUAGAAUUUCCAGUUAUCGUAUUAAACGCGCCAUGCACAUUAAUACGUUAAAAAAUAAUAAAUUUAAGAAUGAGAUUUUAAUAUUGCAAGGAAUAAUUAGUGCUGUAAAUAUUUAUCGGCAAGCUACGAAAUUGUCUGAGCUUUUGACAUCGAAAAUUGAGAAAAUGUUGUUAUGUUUAAUAUUAGUCGGAGUGAUUUGUUUGAGUCUUAAUCUCUUUCAAAUUUUUCAAAUCGCAUCAUAUGGAAAUGAUGUCAAGGAAAUUUUAUGUCCCUUUAUAAUUGUAACUAUUACUAUCUUAUAUAUGUUUUCAACCAAUUAUAUUGCGCAGGAUAUAACAGAUCACAAUAAUGACUUCUUUGCUACGGUGUAUGAUGUUCAAUGGUAUGAUGCUCCGUUACAUAUACAGAAAUUAAUAUUAUUUCUGCUGCAGAAAGGAACAAAAAAGUUUACUGUAAGUAUCGGUGGACUAUUUGUGGGAUCGUUAGACUGUUUCGCCACGCUGGUGAGAACUUCGGUCUCUUACUUUACUGUCAUAUAUUCAACGCAUUAAUAAGGUAAAAAGAACAAUAAUAUAUAUAAUAAAUUAUAAUGCAGCAAAG